UUGGAAAUAGGAUCCCUGCGUUGCACUAUCUGGUCUCGUCUUUGUGGUGUCAGUGGUGUAGUCGCUGGAGGACCUGCCUUGAAGUUCGGGGACUUUUAACGCCGGCUCCAGAAGAGCGAUUGUGCAGUAACGCAGUCAGCCAGUCAUCUAAACAGUCAGUCAGUCAGCCCAGCAAGCCGCCGGUGUGCGCAUCAGGCUGCACUUCACCUGAGCCAGAGCCAGAGCCAGAGUCAGAGCCAGAAACAGAUCACACUUUUCCCAGCGCGAUGGAUCCCUGGACCGUCACCUCUGCGCUCCUGCUCGCUGGCUUUAUUUCUUCGGCGGCUCUCAGUCAUUUUGACACUGAGUGCUACACCGCCAAUGGCGAGGACUACCGGGGCUUCCAGAGCCAGAUCAGCCUGCACGGCGGUAAACCCUGCCUCUUCUGGAACGAGACCUUCCAGCACCCGUACAACACCCUCAAAUACCCCAACGGGGAGGGGGGUCUGGGGAGCCACAACUACUGCAGGAAUCCUGAUGGAGACGUCCAGCCGUGGUGCUACAUCGCUGAUCACGAGGACGGAACCUACUGGAGAUACUGCGACAUCCCAACAUGUCAGAUGCCGGGCAACCUGGGCUGCUUCAAAGACAGCGGCGACCCGCCCACUCUCUCCGGGGCCAGCGAGACCUCCACCAAGCUCACGAUCCAGAACUGCAUCAGCUUCUGCAGGAAGCAGAGAUACAAGCUCGCCGGCAUGGAGUCGGGAUACGCCUGUUUCUGCGGCAACGAGGUGGACCUGCUGGACCGGGGCGAGUCGCCCAGCAUGGACUGCAACCACGCGUGCUUCGGCGACCACACGCAGCCGUGCGGAGGAGACGGCUGGGUCAUCGUCUUCGACACCCGGGUGGGCGCGUGCGGUGGGAACUACAGCUCUCCGUCCGGAGUGAUUUACUCGCCUGACUUCCCGGACAAAUACAGCGCCGGUCGCGUGUGCUACUGGACCAUUCAGGUUCCUGGGGCCUCUGCCAUCCUCUUCAACUUCACCUUCUUUGACAUCUCGGAUCAGACCGACAUGGUGGAGCUGCUGGACGGCUACACAAACCAAGUGCUGGCCCGCUUCAACUGGCGCAGCCCCCCGCGGGAGCUGGUGAACGUCACGGGCGACUUCGUCAUACUCUACUUCUACUCCGACCGCACCAACCAGGCCCAGGGAUUUGCACUUCUCUACCAAGCGCUUCGAGGCCACGACGCCAGGACGGCAGAGGCCGACAGCGAGGACCGGGACGACGGGGACGACGUCUCCAGUACGGCGGGGCCACAGCUGGCCAGCGGCGUCACGGCGAGGUCCAACAGCACAUCCAACGGACGCUCGUCCCAGAUCCUCUACGUGAUCACGUCCAGCCCCGGUAAACCGGAGCACAACAUGCCAGGUCAGUGGGCUGGACGCGGCGGGACCACCGGCCACAGGGCUAUGUGGACCAUCUACGCCCUCGCCGCCCUCCUCAUACUGACCGUCAUAGCCAUGGUGGCCAAGCUGCUGCUGCACAUCACCGUCAAGUCCCCGAGCAUCCCGACCAUCAGCGGCUCCGACAGCUGCAGCCAGAGCACGGCGUCCUCCGAGCCCUGGAUCAUCCUGUACCGACCCUCCACCAUCUCCCUCUUCAAAAAGAAGCUAAAGAACCACCACGGAGACCUCAGCCCCCUGGUGGGCAACUAGCGCCCUGCUCCGCUCAGCCGCAAGCCCAACGCAAACUCCACCUACAUCCACCCUGCUCCAGGGCCGUCAGAUGCCGAGGCCUCAGGCCUCCAAACCUCCGCGCGGCGCCACGCUACCAAGCCAACCACUGACUGAGAGACUGCAGCUAAACGGCCCUCGGGCCCGAUGCAGCCCUGCCCUGCCCUGCCGUCCUGCUCGGCACCAGAGGCGGGUCAGACAGGACCGCCAGGGCCCGCAGCGAGGGGGGGGGGGGCACCAAAGACUGGACGGAGGAUUAACUGCAACAUUAAACAGGGAUGCUUCUAACAUGCAGGAGGCCUUUUCCAUCAGCCGCCGCCGUCACUCCUGCAUCCUCACCGCUGACGGCAGCAGCGGCGUCUCCAUCGGUACCAAGGAGACGAUGGAGAACUCACACGCAUGUUGUAACCUUUAACCUUCUACUGCCUCACGUGGGACGAACGGUUGCAGUCAGAGUCCAGAACUGCUCCCGCCCAAAGACUUUAAAACUUUGUAUCCAAAGUCAUGAUUUCUCUUUUUAUUUUAUUUUUAUAUAUAUGUGCUUUAUGUGCUUUCUGAGGACGGAGGGGGGAGGGGGGGCAGGACGUGGAGCCGUCAUGCCGAACGUAGAUACGGCAGCACUUUGGGGGAUGAGUCACUCGCUGGAUAAUGAAAAGAUCAGAGAAGAGGAGAGCUCGCUCGCCCACUCGGCAUUCAAACAUUAAGGUGGAGAGAGAAGAAGUUGCCUCGCUCAGUCAGAGCAGGGGUGG